AGACGUGACUCCUACCGAUUUAAGCUCUUAAUGGCCGUUGGCUCUCCGUCGGGAACUGGUUGUUGAGCUGUACACCUCGUUGCUAGGCCCCGGAAGUUUCUCAAACAAGAUGUCGCUUUCCUAGGGCGGUAACGGCGUAUAGAGUUGGGGAGGGGUGGUGGGAGAAGAGGAGCCGCUCUGAACCAUGCUAGGGAAUUGUGGGUCCGUGUGUGAGGAGGCCCGGCUUUGCUGGACCGCGGUGCGAGCCCGCACCGGGAAGUGUGCCUGUGCCAGGCCGAAAACUACAUUUCCCAGCAUCCUCGCGGUGCUAGAACUACCUUGCCCGAAAGCGUGAGCUCAUUCAUCUAGUCUUUCGCCCCUUCCCGCCGGCCGGAAAACCGAGGGCAUGUGGAGUCGCCGGGUUUGGCUGCUCCUGCGGUCUGAAGGCAGCGGGGGCCGCCGGGCUUCAACUCCCCGCGGGCGUUUCUCGCUGGCCCUGCCGAGAGACUUCUUCACCACCACAACCAAGGAAGGAUAUGAUAUGAGGCAAGUGGACAUAACUCCUUUAGGACAAAGGAAAUUAACUUUUGAUACCCAUGCACUGGUUCAGGACUUGGAAGCUCAUGGAUUUGACAAAGCACAAGCAGAAACAAUUGUAUCAGCAUUAACCACCUUAUCAAAUGUCAGCCUGGAUACUAUCUAUAAGGAGAUGGCCACUCAAGCUCAACAGGAAAUAACAGUACAACAGCUAAUGGCUCAUUUGGACUCCAUCAGGAAAGACAUGGUCAUCCUAGAGAAAAGUGAAUUUGCAAAUCUGAGAGCAGAGAACCAGAAAAUGAAAACUGAAUUAGAACAAGUUAAGCAACAACUGAUAAAUGAAACUAGUCGAAUUAGAGCAGAUAAUAAACUGGAUAUCAACCUGGAAAGGAGCAGAGUGACAGAUAUGUUUACAGAUCAAGAAAAGAAACUUAUGGAAGCAACCACAGAAUUUACCAGAAAAGAUACCACAACCAGAAGUAUUAUUUCAGAGACUGGUAACAAAAUUGACACUGAAAUUGCUUCUUUAAAAACGCUGAUGGAGUCUAAUAAGCUUGAGACAAUUCGUUAUCUUGCAGCCUCAGUGUUUACUUGCCUGGCAAUAGCACUGGGAUUUUAUAGACUCUGGAAGUAACAGUGAAACUACUAUAUUGUGCUCCUACUCCUACUAUUGACUUCUUAAAAAACACUAUGGAUUUACUUUGGACGUUGAAAGUUGCAGCAGAAACAACACAAGAUUAUGUAAAGUACAUACGGACUGAAAGGAAAUGUUUUAGAAUGGGAAGGUAUUUUGUCUUUUUUUUUAUAUACGUCUUUAUUAUGCUGAAAAGAUGCCAUUCAAAACCUGAUUGAUUUGAGAUAGAAGGGCCUUUUGUCUUUAUCCUUUUGAUAGCUGGAACCAGGGUUUUCUUUUGUUAGCUUAAACAACUGUCAAUCAUAUAAGAUUUCUUUGGUAUCUGCUGCAAAUUUGAAAACUAUUCCCAAGCCUACAUACUUGUUACUGUAUUCAGUUUUCCUGCAAACUGUUGCACAACUACCUUUUUAUAUAAAAUACUAUUAUAACAAAGUUGUUUGCAUUUUAAGAGCAACUUAUCCUAUAGCUGGAGUUUGAUUUUUUUUUGUAAUGAACUAAAACAAUACAUUUUAAAAUAAUGUGUGCCCUACUGCAAGUGUAUGACACUCAGUAUGAAAUCUAUAGAGUUGCUUAAUCUUAAACUCAUUACAUAUAUUUUAAAAAAGCUUUUUUAGAGGACGUAAUUAGACAUAUUUAUUUACUUAUUUUUUAAGUGGAGGUUCUGGGGAUUGAACCUAGGACCUUAUGCAUGUAAGGAAGGCACUCUACCACUGAGCUAUCCCCUCCCCAUAUUUUUAAAUUUUUUGAUUCACAAAAACCAGUUUAUCCUUGCUUUUCAGGAACCCAUUGUAAAUUUAUUACAUGAAAGAAAGCUUUUGAAAAUUCAGCACAUGUCUUGAUAUAUAAUCCCUACUCAAGAAAAUCAUGGAAAAUUUCAUGUUUUCGUUUUGUUUUUACUGGCCCUAUUUUUUUUUUUAGAUAAUAAUGUCUAUUAAUAGUAUAUAUGUAGUUUCAAGGAAAGUACACAAUACUGUUUUCAUCUCAGACAUUCAGUUUUAUCCAGAUCAAGAAGCCAAGGCCAGGAAGUGCUAAACAUUUCAAAAGAUUUCAUAAUGCCUUGGCAACAGCUUUAAAAGUUUGAUAAUCCACAAGUUAUUCAAAAUGAUCCCCAUCAUUUGUUUAGUAAAUAGGAAAUCUGAAGUAUAGGGCAGUCAAAAGACCAACCUGUACAGUCCAAGUGAGAAUCAGAGGCCUUCCAACUAAAUUUUCUUCAAAGAUCUAACCACUGAGUUGUUUUCAGAACAAAACUCUCUAUGUUAUAACAUUAUUUUGUUGCAUUCUGAUUCAUUUUUAUCUCAGAAGCUUUUGCCUAAGAAAAUUCUUGGCACAUUGUAGACUUUUUAUUGGAUUAAUAAAUAAAGACCAAAAAGUUUGCAUUGUAACAAA